CGCUAUAUUUAAGCAUGAAAUUGACAUUUGAAAACGAACGAGACCACAAUAUAAUACUGUGCAUAAGAGUGAGUGAAAAGCACAGCAAGAGAUGUCAAAUAAUCAAGUUUUUGGUACGUAACUCUCAAUGCGAUCAGCGGGUCAGCAUCUGUCAAAAAUAUCGAAGUUUAAAAAGUUGAGGUGAAAGCACUGAAAGCCCAAUUAAUUUAACUACAUUUUGAAAUAAAUAAAAAUUAUACCAGCGCAUAUUAAAAAUUUAAAAUAGCAAGUACCUAAAACCUCUUCGCCUGGCCAUGAUAGGGUCAAAUAAAUUAUUUUAUUACCUCUUCCCGUACCUGGCUUCUCUACAUUUACCUACUAAGAUAGACUAUAGGUAAAAGACAUGGAAAGCAAGUUCCUACCUCUCUAUUCAUUACAUAACAUAUAGGUACAAGAACAAGACUCUUUAAUCAUAAGAUCUUUAUUCCGGGCAGGGAGGUAAAACCGCCCUAGCUACGUGCACAACAUCUUGAGGUAUUGAAUAGAAGUCGGAAUUGAGUCUUAGAUUACAAACGAGUUACGCAAGAAUAUGUGUCGUUAUGGCGGCUGUAUCGAGUGAACUGCUAGCGUCGCCGCCGCGCCGCGCCGUCCGCGGGUGAGAGCCAAGGAAAGUGAUCGGGGUGUAUUUGGUAACCGCUGGGCGUGUGCCCGCAUAUCAAUGCUCUGUCAACCAGGGGCGUAGCGUAGAUAGCGCCUAUCGACUAACGGCACAUUGCAUCGGACUAAAACCGAUAAGUUUUAGAGAGCUUAACUUUAGGAUUACCACACCUGAAAACUUUUAAGACAGAGGUACUUUGUAUGGCACAAGGGUUCUAUGUCUUAAAAAGUUUUCAUGUGUUGGAGUUAUUCUUUAAAAACGAAAUUAAUUGUCUAAUUGACUAUACUAAACAACGGUAUUCUGUAUAAUAUGUAUCCUGUUCCUGCUUCAAUAUGGAUGCAGUGUUUACUGUCUUAACCCGGAGUCAAACCCGACUAAAUUACUAAUACUAGCCAAGCUCCUCUAGUUUUUUUGUUGUUAAUACUUAGAUUGUAAUAGCAAUUCGAAUACGUCCCUGUCUCGGCUACUACAAUUUUCUCUCGAUUACGUUUCUUCAUUAAUUGGUAUGCAUGUACGCACACUUGUUACACAGGAAUGACGGCAGCCACCUACGUGCUGCCUAAAACAAACUCACUACAUUGCAAUAUGGACUUCACCUAUACAUAAUAGUAAUCAAUAUCGUUUGUAUCUAAAUCGGAAGAAGAAUUUAACUGCAUUCGUUUGGGUACGGUCGAAAGCAUUAUCGCGUAUGGACGAAGUUCGCAGCUGGCACGUCCGGCUACCCCAAGUGAAACCUACACGCCGGCUACAUACUAAUAUGUAAUGUUUUAAGUUAUAAGUAUGGGUGCUGGACUCCGGUGACAAUCGGUUUCUGAGUGGCUGUCGCGCCGACCGGGCGACUGAAUCGACAUGAGACUUACAGCUGUAAGUAGAUAGCGUGGAUUGCAAAAAUAUCGAGUGCCAGUGAUAGUGAUUGUGAACAGAGUGAUUUGUUAUUAAAUAUGGUGCGUGGUGUAUUUCAGAUCGCGUUGGUGUUGUGUGCGUGCGUGUGGGUGGCGGCGGGAGAUGUCGCGCACCUGAAGGCAGCCAAGACGAAGCUGAUCGGGCGCCUCGGGAGAGGCAAGCACCACAAGCGGGGCGUGCUGUCCGCCGUGCCGCCCUAUAAGCUGGGAUACGACAUCCCAGUUGUGACGCACUCUCUUAUCAAACCGCUGGUAGUCUCAUACCCUCCGGCUGCCGCUGUUACAGCUGUUAAAGUUCCACUAGCACACCCUCUAACCACGCGGUACCCUGUACCGGUGGGACAUAAAGUCCCUGUACCUCACCCCCAUUACGGUCUUAAAUUCCCACAUCAUACGAAAACUGUGCUAUUACCAAAGCCAGACCAGCACUACCAUCAUCACCACCACCACGUUGAAGCUAAGCCCGUGGUCCCUGUGGUCCCAGCCCCCGUUCCCCUACCCACAGCCGCCGUGGCCCACCCGGUCCCAGCGCCCUCACCCCCGGUAGUACUCCAAGCGGCUCCCAUUCCACCUCCAGCACCGGCGCCGCUCUUCCCCGCCCCGGCUCUCCCACAUGCUCACUUGGUACCUCAAGAACAUGCCCACUUAAGACCUUUGGCUCCAGCUCCGGUACCAGUACAUCCGGCUCCUGUUGUGUCUCCUUUCACUCAACUACUACCUUAUGCCCACCAAUUCCCUUAUAUUCUUCGUCCGGGCAAUGCAGUACAGACGUCUUACUUCGCGAAUUAUCCUAGAUACCCAUUGCUCAACUACCAAACUCCCCUCUUACCGUUGGCCCCACCCGCCCCGGCUGUCAACCAGGUUUUGUUUGAACGUCCUCAGGUACCUCACUACCACUUUCUUCAACAAGCUGCAGGUCAGAAUGGCGUAGUGUUUGAGCAGCCUGGAACUCAUGUGGAACCAACGCUUCUACAUGCUCACGGAGAAAUACCGCAACACGGCGUACAUAUGCAACCUACUCAACCAACUCUGCAUCUACAACCGACACAACCAGGUGUUCAUUUGCAUCCGGACUUCCAUUUGCAACCCGAAGUACACUUACAUCCAGACGGACACGUCCACCCAGGCCAGCAAGAAGUCCAUUUCCACUCCGCUCAGCCUGAUGUCCUCGUUCAUCCUGCUCAACCCGAAGUUCACCUGCACUCUGCGCAGCCUGGUAUUAUUCAGACCACUCAACCAGGACUUGUACCCACUCAGACGACCGUACAUCUGCAUCCUACUCAGCCAACCCUAGAGCAAGAAGGCUGGCAUCCUGUUCAAGCUCAACCACAUGAUAUUGCUGCUGGUCAAGCUGGAGGACAGUUUGGUACGGAAGGUCAAUUUGCACAUGGGGCAGGCGGGAACUUUGGUCAAGAAGGACACUUUGGUCAUGACGGUCAACAUCAGUUUAGUACGGAACAAGGCACGCAAGUAUACGAACACCACUCAGGAGAAGAGCAGUACCACGACUUUCAGAACCAGCUGCAACACCACAUUCAGCAACAGUUGGAGCAGGCGCAGUACGAACAACACAUCAACAACCAGCAGCACCAACCAGGCCAGGAGUACGGAGUCCCUAACAUCGGUCAAGACUUUAGCCACGGCGGGCAAGACUUUAGUCCUGCCGGGCAGAACUUUAAUCAGCCCGGACAGAACUUCGGACCACAAGGGAAUGAUUAUGACUACAACCAGCAGGGGCAAAAUUAUGACUAUAGUCAGCACGGUCAAGGUUUCGGACAGGACUUCAGCCAGCAGCAGCCUUCGGCGGAGUACGGCGUGCCGCAGGGCGCGGAGGGCCGCAGCAGUGCGGAGGGCGAGGAGGAGCAGCAGUACCACAACCACAUCCCGCUGAAGUUGCAGCCGCCUCUCGAGAGGCCGCUGGAACACUUCCGGUAGACGCGUCUACAGCGCGCUCCACAUACGAUAAGCAUUUAUGAGUUACCUCGGCGACCGAUUGAUACCUGCGUCAUCUGUGUGAAUAACUUGACUUACUGAAUAACACUUGCAACGUUUUGUCCAGUAUAAGUAGCCGAGAUGAACAUUUAUUGACAUUAAUUAUUACGGUAGCCACAUUGUAAAAUGCAAAGAAACUAAGUACCUUCGCAAGAAAAUAUAUAGAUUGGACAUUGUUUGUUUCCUGAUCUAGUUGCAGCUAAUUACGUACUCGUAUUUACGUACAGCAAUAACAAACGUGUUCAGCUAUAAGUCAGUAGUCCACCAGCUCGUCAGUGUGUGUCAGACUGAGUCGCCAUCUGUCGUCAGAUCGUAGCUCAGUUUCGCUGUGUAUAUUAAGUAGGUUUUAUGUGAAUGUGUUGCCUCAUAACAUAAAGUAGUAGUAAGUUAUUAACAUAGCUUUAGAAAAGAUUUAAUUAUUUAUUUUUAUUGUAAAUAAAUGUUUUCAUGAAUGAU